CCAAAAAAUAAAAUAAACAAUCCGAAAAUGAAUAACUUUGACCACUCUCGACUCACCGACAGCGAUGUUAGUCCGUGCAAAAUUCGAAAACUGAGCAAGUCGUUGUCCAAGAAGCAGGCAGUCACAGAUCUAUUCUCCAGUUUCGUGAAAACACAUCAUUUUCGUCCCAACAUCGAUGCUCAGAGGGUUCAUAAAAUAAUUGUCGUGAAGUUAGUGGAACGCUUAGAAAGUAAGGAUGCUCGUGAUCGCAAAUUUAUGCAGGGUAUAUUGCGCCGCAUCUAUUUAAAGUGCAUCGACUUGCGUCCAUUUAUUCGCAGUCAGUACAACGAUGUAUUCUUUCGAUUCAUUUUCGAAGAAAAUGACUUUCUUUGCAUCGCAGGAAUUCUGGACACUUACUAUGAUAUAAUCAUGGGCUUUACUCAACCAGUUGAGACCGAACAUGAGCAACUGCUCUUUAAGAUACUUUUGCCUUUGCACAAGCCACCAUCGCUACCAAAGUAUUUCAAUCAACUGAUAAAAUGCGUUAUCGCACUCCUUAUCCAAAAUCCAUCUUUCAUUGAAAAAUAUGUAAAAGGUCUUCUACGUAUCUGGCCGAAGACGUCCAUUACUAAGGUGACUUUGUUUCUAACCGAGAUUGGCAGAAUUCUGCUUAUAAAAGAUGAGCAAGAGGUCAAGAAAGUCCUGCCGAUGGUGUUUAACCAUAUGUCCAAAUGCCUGUGCAAUGAAAGCACUAAGGUAUCUGAGUACACUCUUCUUUUGUGGCAAAACUAUAGGAUCUUGGAGGUUAUAGAUCGAAACCACGAGCUCAUCAUACCCAUCGUAUAUCCACACCUAUUACGCAUAUUGAUCCGUCAUUUGGGAACAUCAAUGCAAUCGCUUGUCUCCAUUGUUUUAGGUUAUUUACUAAAAAUGAACAACGCGCUGUUUAGAAGCCUGACUUCUAUGUGUAUGUGCGGCAAAGAACCGAUGAACGCCAAGAGUUCUAUACUACUUGAGCAUAUUAUAUAAGAACUACAUAAUGAUUGCAAC